AUGACGAGUGAGGCAUGUCCUGAGCAAAAGUUUGCUUCGGUGAUUGCUGGCCUCCAUAAGAAUGGCGCCUACUCUGAUCUCAAGAUCGUGUGCGGUUCUACGACAUAUAACGUCCACAAAGCCAUCGUCUGCCCUCAAUCAGACUUCUUCCGCGUCGCAUGUCGCCCAGACACAUUUCGAGAAGGGAGAACCGGAAUCAUCAACAUUCCUGCCACUGUUGGUCGAGACAAAACGCACUACGAGAAGCCAAUCGCGGCAGAAGAAUUCGACUGGGACCUGGACGUCGAGACUCGCAUAGCAAUCAAAUUGAUGAUCCAUUACUUCUACCACCACGACUACCUCCAGGAAGAGACAGCAGAGAGUCAGCCUCCAGACGGCUACAGAUUGACGCCUGAGAACUUCGGUCAAGGCAUCCUGGCGGAGCAUGCAAGGAUGUAUGCCAUGGGUGAAAAGUACGGGAUACCUGGGCUGAAGGUGCUAGCAGCGGCAAAGUACAAGGCUCUGGGCGUCCGGACAUUGGCAGGUCUGGCUGCAGCGAUCAUGAUCACUUUCAAGGGAACGGUGAGCACAGACAAGGUGUUGCGCACGAUGGUGUCAUAUCACAUUGACAUCCUCCGCUACACGCACCGCAAUGUCCCUGAGUUACGCAGGACCAUCUCCGAGAUACCCGAGCUUGCCUUUGAGCUCUACCAGAGAGCGCUGGAACGCGAACGCGCAUGUGAGCCCGUCAGGGUCACCAAGUCUCACCCCUUUGGCCGUCGCACCCAUUCCUACAAUGAUCAGCUUUGA